AUGCCUCUUACAAUGAAUGUCAAUAAUAAUUCGACAUGUUCGACGGAUCUUGUUCGAAUAAUAAAAUUUGAAAAGGAAAAAAUCAAUCAAAUUUAUUUUAAAAGAAAAUCAAUUCUAGCAACAGUUGCCUAUCAAUAUUUAGAUAAAAUGCGACAAGAUCGUAAUCUCACUUUCGAUUGGAAAAUUUCAUUUAGCACAACCAUUAAGAAAGCCACAAUUGUUACCAAACAUCUCAUAAGUUAUUUCAAGAGUAUACCAAAUAAAAAGUCAACAAUUAUCAAUUCUGAAGAUAUGAUUCAUUCAAAUUUCAUUGAUUCCAAGAAGCAAUUAAUAGAUUUCAUCUCAUUACUAGGAUUUAAUACAUCAACACAAACUUUCAAAGAUAUAGUUCAUAAUCGUGAACAACUUUAUCAAUCAUAUGCACCAAAUAAUUAUUUCAAUAUAAAUCCAAUUAAACGUGGUUUUACCAUUCAAUCGAUACUUGAUAAAGUCAGAAAUCGAUAUGCACACAAUGAUAAGUGUCAAAUUAUAGUAUUUAUCUGUAUCACCAACUGUUAUGAUGAUUUACCUAUUAUUCGAGAAACGGUACCGCCAGGAACUUGUUUUGUUGCACUGCUUGAUACAAAAACGAUGAGUGCAUUUAAGCAAAAUUCUCUUACAGGAGUAGAUCCAAUGAAUAUGCAAAAUCAAUGGGAUCUUAUUGAUUUAGGUUCGAGUGAUUCGCUAUUUCGUGUCGCUGCUAAACUAACAGAAACAGUAAAAAUGCUUGGGCAUCGAAUGUUUCCUAUGGCUAAAUGGUUUGUUUGGCUAAAUGGUAAGGCAUUUAUAAUCAAUAUUAAACAAAUCUUAUUACUAGCGACGACAUCAAUAAUUGGUCUUCAUCAUCAUGAUUAUAAUCGAACAUCAGAGUCAGAAGUUAAUCUCACAAUUAUUCGUGUGAUACUUCGUGAAAUAGACAAUGCUGUACAGCUUAAUAAUACGUUGCAAGAAAUAGAUCUUCAACAGGCCGAAUAUAAACGGGAUGGUUUUUAUUCUCGUUCGAAUACAAUCAGAUUACCAAUGUUUGAUAUUGCAAUAUUCAUAUACAGAAAUAAUCAUCCGUGUUCAUUUCGUUACUUAUGUGGAUGGCAUAAUGAAAUCAAUUAUUUUUCUUAUAGAGGUCAAUUAUCAGUUUAUUAUUCGGCUCAAAGAUUAAAUCUAAGUGAUUACUUAGGUUUCAUUCCACGUCAAUUUUAUCACACGCUUGGUCAUCGUAUUACGUGUUAG